UAUGAUUUGUCAGCGCUCAUUGAUUCCCUCUUCGUUGAAUUUUUCUCCUCUCCCACGUCCGCCUUCGUUCGAGUGCACUGCACAGCUGCUGACCCCGCACACGAACCCAGCAAACGCACACACACACACGCACACACACACGUGCUGUGCACCGAUACAUCACCACGCACAUCACCAUACAAAAUUGCAAAAGGAAGUCAACAAAGGUACGGGCAUGUUUUUCCAUUCCCGAGCCUGCUGCGUGUCGGCCACGACGCUGCUGCGUGCACACCUCACCACGUCCUCCGCCCACCGACGCCUGCCAACGCCCCCUCACUCAGCAGCAGCAGCAGCAGCGGGAGGCAGCGGCUUCGUGUCCUGCGGCGCCGUCGCUACUUCGUCUCUUACGCUCUUUUCGACGUCGCAGGUCGCGGCGCGUGGAGGCAGCGGUGUGCGCGGCGCCUGCCACAUCCAACAACGCUGCAUCAGCUGGGACCCGCGCACCUGGGGUCGCACCGACAUCGGCCGCAGCUCAAACCCGCAACUGGAGGAGGAGCUGCCGGAGAUCUUUGCGAAUCAGCCCACAGAAGUGGAGGACUACAUCCGCCCUGACAAGAGCCUGUUUGAGCGGCUGGAGGAUUUCUGGGACUGGGCGGUGAGUUUCUUGCAGCCGGUGGAGAAGCAGGUGGAGAUCAUGCGCGGUCUGCGUCACAACGGCUUUAUGGGCAUCGACAUGGGCGGUUGGGGCCACGUUUUCUUUUUCUACGGCCUGUGUAUGCGUCUGCUGACGCUGAUUCCUUCCUUGUACAGCAACCGCAACUCCCUGCGCAUGGCACACAUUGGUCCGCAGAUCUCUGAGAUCACCAACGCGCAGACCAAGGCUAAGAACGACCGGACCCUCUCCUCGGCCGAGAAGCGCGUGAUUAAAGACGGCUACAACCGUAUGAAGUUCGCGCUUUGCAAGAAGCACCAAUGCUCGCAGUGGAAGAGCUUCCUGACGAUGCUGACCGCGCCUGUGACGAUGUCGGCUUUCUUGUCGAUUCGGCGGCUGGCCAUGUACGAGACCGAUCUCGAGAUGGCACCCUUUCUGUGGGUGAGGGACCUGACAAUGCCGGACCCGACCUACCUCCUCCCGGCGAUUUGCGCGGGCAUGUUCCUCUUGAACUUCGAGAUGAACCAGCGCAUGCAGCGCGGCGGCCGCAGCAGCAGUAGCAUGUACAUCCGCUGGGCCGUGCGCGCCUCGUCGGUGGUGGGCAUCUACUUCUUCGCCUCGCAGCCGUCGGCGAUGUUCGCCUACUGGAUCGGGCUGUCCACGAUGGGUCUGCUGCAGCCAAUCUUGCUGCGCUGGCAGCCCUUCCGUGACUUCUUCCAGUUCCCCGACCCCCCGCAGGCGGCGAAGGCGCAGCUGAUUUCGGAGAUUAAGGGCCCCUCGUUGUAUGAGCGGCUGUUUGCGACGCAGGAGGAGAAGGUGCGGCUGGAGGAGGCGCGAAAGGCGGAGCGGGCGAAGCGGAACGCGACUCGCAUUGAGACGGUCGACGACUACGAAGUCGUCUUUGACGACGACGGCAGCGACAAGUUCAAAGGGAAGCGCAAGUAA